AUGGCGCCCCAGAUCCGGCGAUCCAGUGGGGAUCUGGUACUUGACGCAAAGUUUCCUCCUUCAAAACGGUGUCGGGUGGGUUCCGAACGAGACCCUCCUCCACCUCGACCUCCCAUCGGCAAACUGGGAGACGAUCUCCUCGAAGAAAUUCUGAUUCGCAGCUUCCAAAAUCCCAGAUGCGCCGGCCGGUGCGCACUCGUCUGCAAGCGGUGGAGCGCCCUGACCUCCUGCCCCAGAUUCAAUCGCCGUUUCAUUUCCCACCACGAACCACCACCACAACCGCUGCUUCUCCCCUCAGACGAUCCCAACUCCGUCCUCUGCUUUCUCCCCCUGCCCCAGAAAGCUCGGACCAAGCUGUCUGUUUCGGAUUGCUUCAAGGACUUGGUCCUGUGCCGGUUCGAAGAAGAGUCCGUCUACGCCGAAUUGGACAGAUUGUACUUGCUCUGCAACCCGUUCACGGAGCAGUGGGUCGUCCUCCCGCUAGCGCCCUCGAGGGACAAAGGGAGCGGCAGAGCGGAUGCAAAGUUAGUCUGCCAGCCCCGUAGUGUUUGCAACAUCGAGCUAGGAGAUGGCCAAGUGUUUGCUUAUUCCCCCAAUUACCGCUUCCGGGUGGUGUGUAUUUAUCAACUGGACAUGUCAAUUCGACUGGACAUGUUUUGCUCCGAGUCAGGGGAAUGGUCGCAGAUGCUAAUGAAGGACCGUGUGAGAUUGCCGUCGUACGAUGCAGUCUCGCGGAAUGGGGAGUUGUUUCUGGCGUACGUUGAAGAUCAAACAAAGUAUACCCUUGCUGCCAUUGAUCCUUUCCGCCUUGAUAGAUCCAACGAUGGGCCCAUCCUGUAG